UUAGUUGAAUUGGAUGAUUACGGUACGGUUACGGUAUUGGCGAGUUACGGUAAAGUUGGCAGUGCUAAACCGAUUUUGGGUAAAAUUCAGGUAGAGCCGGGUAAUACUGAACCGACUCUAGGUAAUAUUGAGGUAGCAUUUGAAGAUGCGAGUAACGGCAAAAUUAACGAUACAGGUAACGAUAUAAUUAACGAUGCAGGUAACGAUAUAAUUAACGGUAAAAUUAAUGAUACAGGUAACGAUACAGGUAACGAUCUAGGUAAGGAUAUAAUUAACGAUACAAUUAAGGAUACAGGUAACGAUACAAUUAACGAUGCAGGUAAUGAUCUAGGUAACCAUACAAUUAAGGAUACAGUUAAUGAUCUAGGUAACGAUACAAUUAACGAUGCAGGUAACGAUCUAGGUAACGAUACAAUUAACGAUGCGGUCAGCUAG